GCAAAGAAAUACGGAAAACUGAGGUCUCCACGCACCAGAAAAAUAAAUAUUGAUACUGAGUAUUGCUAGAGAGUCUGGAUUCCUUCCAUUAUUUCCUGAAAUCCCGUAACAGCCACAAGUGUUUAAUUUAUGAAUGCAAAGAAGGGAUUUUUUUCCUUGCAACACUCAGUCUGUUGCCAAUGCCCUGUGUUCCUUUUCCUGGCACUUGACCUUGUGGUGACAUCCCCUUUCCAGUGCAAUCUGUAACACUGCGCUGGAGGCCACUGGUCUGCUUGGAAUUACUGAGUCCUUUAUCCCAGCGCCUUGGAAAGAGCUUGUUUAAUGCAAGUUUUGUAAAAGAGACUGAUUUCCCUGAAACAUGAGGCAGUUAAAAGGCUUUUACAAAUCAUCCAUUUUCCACGCCACUGGCAAUUUCAAAACUAUCCUUUUGGAUCAAAUGAAACAUGCUAUUUCACACCAAAUGGUGUCUUCAUAGCUGGAACCUUUCAGUUGUUACUUCAGUGAUUAGAAAGCUGCUUCUAAACAUGGAGGUUGCAAAGUUGAAAGCUUUUAUUUUGAACUAUCACGUCCCAAUAUUUUAAUCUAGCUUGACAAUGGAUUGCUUGACAGAACCAAUUUAGCACAAAUGGGAUGAAUAUAUCAAAUAUAUUUUAACCAAAAAGGAUUUGGCCCAUUUUUUAUAUUUAGCUCCACUAAUGGUCUUUGCCAACUGCUUUGCCAUUUGCAAUGAAAUAUUUCAGCAAUGAUGCUGCUGUUCCUUUAUUUCCUCCAGCAGAAGCAGAUUUUUACAGAAGAGCUUUUUAAUUUCUGCAUGCAGCUGCAUAUCUGUCAUAGUCCAAGAUCCCAGCUCAGGGGAUUCUCAGCUCUUUGAAAUCUCUCAUUCAGCCUGGUGGCACCUUCACAAGUUUGCAUUCCCCUGGCUUUAGUGCUUUUAUUAAUCUUGCCCCAGAGAGCAGCUGUGAGACUCUGGGAGCUGACCAUGCUCUGGGAGGAGGAGGAAGCUCCUGUGAGAUGGUUCUGAGCACACAGAGACUCCAGGAGUCACUCACCCAGCUGACAAAUCCUAAAAAACCUCAUUCAUGAGCAAACCAGAUGAGUCACCCUCCAAAUACUGUUGCAAGAGGGAAGGCAGACAAUCAAAGGGGAAACAGUCCCUGUGGCUUUGCUCCUUGCUGUGCUCAGGGGAGUUUUGCUGCUGCUACCAGGGGCCUCCAAGGACAGGUGGGCACGGGGGACACAGGGCAGGCUGAGCCCCGCCAGCAGUGAUGCCACCAGGUUCUGCUCAGUACACAGAGCUCUGGCAGGACACCCUCCCCAUUGUGUGCAGGGCUUGCUGGUGAGCCAGAGCUGGCUUGGUUUUAUUUUCGUCUUCUUCCAUGAGCUUAUCAUCACCUUAUGACGGAUUUUUUUUUUUUUGCAACUUAAUCGCAUUUACAGAACAGUUACUAAGAUGCAAAUCACCUGCCUGUCCCUGCCCUGACUUCGGGGCCCUGAGGCUCUGGUCCAGCACAGCCAGGGAUUGUCCCUGCCUGUCUCACAGGUUGUUGGGACACUGCUCAAGCUCCAGUCAGUAAGGGUGGUACCAGCUAAGGUCUGAGUCCUGUGCAGAGGUGUGCCCUGGGCCACUGAUGUCUCUCCCACCCACGGGCAGUGCCUCCCCUCAGCUUUGCUGGAAUAGGGCAUGGAUCCCCUCUGGUGUGCCCUCAGCUGAGCUCCUCCAGGACCAGCUUGGAGGUUGCACCAACACUGGCAGGGGCAGGAACAGAGCAGGAACAGCAGGUACCAGCACAAGCACAAGGAGAGGAUGAGAAAAGCAUCUGUUGUUCACAAAGGGAGUUGUUCUGAGCAGGAGGGUGGCCAGAGCAGCUGGACCAGCAGGCACUGCUCAGUGCAGACCUGCACUCUCUGCUCCUUCCUGGGUGCUCCAGCGCUGCUGAUUGUGGUGUGGAGUCCUAUCGCUGCAAAUCCCAGCUAUGCAUUUUUGUCCAAUCUAAUUUUCUCAGGAAUUGAGCCUGUUCUAGCAUUCGGGAACUGGCAUUCACUCUGCUGGCAAAUGCUUCUUAUUUGUUCCAAACAAUGUGUCCAGUGUGACCUUUUCUGCUUAAAUAGCUUACACAACGAGAAUACAUUAAUGCUCAAUUCUAAUCUUGCAUAACUCUGAAAGCAAGGCCAUACAUUUACAAGCAGCAAGGGACUUUUUUUGCCAUUCUUUGCACAAAGUAAGAAGGAAAAGCCAGCACUGUGCAAUUCCAGUGAAGGGACAACUCACACAUAACUCCCUUACCCCCAAAAUUCACAGGGCUCUCAAGGAGAGAGUUUUAGCACUACACAUUUCUGCAUGUCUUCACACACACACAGAGACAUGCAGAGGACAGCUGGCACCUGGAAAGGGGCCUCGUCUUGCCUUUGCUGCUCCAAAACAUUCUCAUGGACUACGGCUGGGAAGGGAUAACACAUUCAUUCAGGCCUCAAAUCAAACAGCGAUACCGUAAGACUUGUGCAGGUGCUUGGAGCACAUUUUUCUUCCCAGCAAGAAGCACUCCUUCAGUUCCUGGUGCCAUUUCUCAUCUCCUUUGUAUGGCUGAAUUCUUUCUCAAGAUGCCUAAAUUUGGCCAUGGGAAGAGUCAGCCUGAGCCACAGCCUGCUGCUUGUCAGGGCAUGUGCACCACAGCUCUGCUCUUCCCAAAACAUCCCCCUUGUCCCUCCUGGAGGGGAGCUGCUGCAGUCAAAUUCCUUCAGCUCACAAGAGGCAACACAGCCAUAACUGACUCGUGUGUUCCUGGCCAUGACCUUGAAUGGUCCUUAGAGCAGCAGGAACCAUCAGAUUCCUUUUUUCAGUAACAGAUUUCUCACCUGGGAUAAACCAGGUCUAGUUGAAGCACCUGCUCCUUGCAAGAGUUCUCCAGGCUGGGGCAAGGGAGGGCUUGCAGGGUGAUGCAGGAAAGCAGGGGUGAAGUAAAUGGUGGCAGGCAAGGCUGUAGAAGGCUCAGGGCUGAUAUGCCUGGCCACAGCAGAGGGGCGAGGGGAGGGAUAAUUCACUGUAUUUCCUGCAGAGCCCCAGGAGCCAGGAGAGGCUGGAUUUUCUCCAGAGCCAGCAAGCUUAUGGGAAGGCUCUGUGGUGGGGAUGGCCCUGGGGACCCCCAGGUAGAGCCACGUGGGCUGAGACGAUGAUUGGGGCUGCAGUGAGUGGUGGGGCUGUGGCUGCCAGCUGCUGGGGACAGCUGUGUGCCUCCAGCAGAGAGCCUGCACUGGUUCUGCCAUUUGGUUUUCAUCUUAAUUAAUCACUUCAGUAUUUCAAACAUACCUUUGACCCACUUGAGUACAUAACAGCAACAAUUAACACCAGCACCUCAUAAAUCACGGCAAUGUUCCCUCUGGUGCUUAAUAAAGCCUCUGACCGUGUGGCCGAUGCCGUUACAUUGCAAUGUGAUUUCUGAUCCCUGGGGAGAGCAGAGAGGAGUCUUUAAAAACCACAAGAUUUCUGUGAAAUACAAAGCUUUGAGCAGAGCAGACAUGAAGCUGCUGAGGAGCCCUACACUCCUGAGGUAGAUGGGCUCCCAUGCACUUAGAGGUCCAGCCCCCUCGCACCCACGCUGCUGGACUGCUCUUCUGACCUGCCCCUGGCCAGUGGAACCCCUGACCUCUGAUGGCUCCCUGGAGGCUUCCCGUGCUCCCCGUGGCUCUGGUGUGGGGCUGGGUGUUGGCCUCCUCCUCCCCCACCACAGUUGCUCCCCCACGAGACCUUCAGAUCACUGACCCUGGGCUCCUGGGUUCUCUGGAUGUAGAGUGGAAGCCUCCACCCCACGUACAAACCUUCAACGAAUGCACGGUGAAAUACAAGUUUGAAUAUCGCAACAGCGGGGACAGAGACUGGAAGGUUAUUUUUACUAGGAAGCUAAAAUUCAGAGUUGGAUUUGACCUCAGCAGGACCGCUGAAGUGAGGCUGCAGACACUGCUCAAAGGGUGGUGUACAGAUGACGUGGAAGUGCAAAGUGACUGGAUUUAUGCCACCUUUCAGGUCCCACCACAAGGAAAACUGGAAUCAGAGGUCCAGAAUUUCCACUGCAUCUAUCAUGACUGGGAAUACCUGAAGUGCAGCUGGCAGCCAGGUCUCCUCACACCUCAUGGCGUACAUUAUGGGCUGUAUUAUUGGUACGAGGGGCUGGACCACGCGGUGCAGUGCGAUCACUACAUCCAGGAUCGCGGCGUGAACGUUGGCUGCGUGCUGAGAAACCUCAGCCAGGCAGAAUACCAGGAUCUGAACAUUUGUGUCAAUGGUUCAGCAGCAGCCACCCUGCUACGGCCACUGUACACCACCCUUCGCCUUCACAACCUCGCAAAGCCCUCAGCCCCGAAGCAGCUAGUGGUUUCCAUGUCUGCAGCUGAGGAGCUCCUCGUGGCCUGGAGCCCGCCGGGAGGGAGAAUGCCGCCACACUGCCUGGAGUACGAGGUGCAGGUGGCAGAAGAUGUGGGGGAAGCCACGGCUGCCUGGGCGUUUGUGUCGACCCAAAUGGAAACUGCUUUAACGAUUUCCAGAGCAAACCAAAGCCACGUUUCAUGUGUUCGUGUCAGGGGGAGAACAAAUAUUUUUUGUGCUGACCAGGGCUUUUGGAGUGAAUGGACACAGGAUUGUUUCUCUGGUAUGGAGCUCAAAGUAAACCGUGUUUCUUCUACAUCCUUUAUAAAACCUGUUUGGGUGCAAGUGCUGAUGGCUGCCAUGGCAUCUGCUGGUGUCCAGCACUGGAGGGGGGAUGCUGCCUUAGUUACACCUUCAGCCUCCUCCAGCACAGCCAUUCCUACAGCUUUGCAUCUCCAGUGCAGUUAGCAGGCAAGCCCCAAAAUAUUAAUGCUUCUGCAGCAGCACCUUUCCCUGCUGCAUGGGGACAGCUGGGGUGGAGGAGUGACUGCUGAGCAAGAGAGGGCACGGGGUACUUGCAGUAUCUCCACAGGGCAUCCUGCUGCCUGUCCUGCACCACAGAUCAGCUCCUUUGAGCCCUGUAGGCUGUCUUGGGCUGUCCUUGUGUGCACUGGUUCUGGUGCAAGAUGCAGAAGGCAGGGGAGAGGCACAUAGCAGUGACUGCAUCUAUUUGCAGGAGAUAUAUGACCCUGAAGGAGGAUGUUAGCCCACCCAGUAGCAUAUACCUGUAGCAAACAAACAAAUGAAUAAGUAAAUAAAAACAUGUAGGGUAAUGUGGACACGAUGAGAUCUGAGCCCAAGCUUUGUAGGAGGUAAUACAAUCAGUUCUAACAUCUUCUUACUUCCUGUCAUUUAUCU